AUGAAGCUCGAUGCUACCGACCUGCGGUACAUUACCACUGACGAGUUCCGGGUGCUCACAGCGGUCGAGAUGGGCUCCAAGAACCACGAAGUCGUGCCCACCCAGCUCAUCGUCCAGAUCUCCGGCCUCCGCAACGGCGGCGUGAACAAGAACCUCGGCUCGCUCGCGAAGCGCAACCUCGUCGCGCGCGUGCAGAACGCCAAAUACGACGGGUACAGGCUGACGUACGGCGGGUACGACUACCUCGCGAUGCGGGCGCUCUCGAAGAGGGACUCGAUGUACUCCGUGGGGAACCAGAUCGGGGUGGGCAAGGAGUCUGGAAAGCGCGACUACAUGGGCAAGCGCAAAUCUGCCUCCUGGAUGUACAUGUCCGGCUCGCCGCCGAGAAAGAGUGGGCGUUCAUGUGCGUCCUGCACGAGCACGGCUUUCCCGUCCCGACCCGUCGACCACGCACGGCACUGUAUACUCAUGGAGUUCAUCGAUGCAUAUCCCCUCCGUCAGGUGGCGGACGUCCCCUCGCCCGGCAAGCUCUACAGCGAGCUGAUGGACCUCAUCGUGCGCUUCGCCCGCGCGGGGCUCAUCCACGGCGACUUCAACGAGUUCAACAUCCUCAUCCGGCGGGAGACCGGCGAGCCCAUCGUGAUCGACUUCCCGCAGAUGGUCAGCACGUCGCACUUCAACGCAGAAAUGUACUUCAACCGGGAUGUGCAGUGCAUCCGGAAGUAUUUCCGUAAGCGCUUCCGGUACGAGAGCAGCAUAUACCCGAAGUUCUCUAGCUCGAAGAAGGCGGGCGAGGGCGAGGGCGAGGAGGGUGACCAUUUUAGGCUAGAUAUCGUCGUGGCCGCGAGUGGGUUCAAGCAACGGGAUCAGGAAGCACUUGAGGAGUACAUGAACACCGUGUCAAAUCAGGAGCCGGAAGAUGAGAGCGACGAGGAGGACGAGGAAGAGGACGAGGAAGAGGUGGGCGAGGUGGGCGAGGAGGGUGAAGAGGAAGUGAAACACGCUGGCGAGGAAGAUAAUCAGUCACAACACCCUUCACUAGACGCAGAUCGGGACGACGCCUCUUCACAGUCCGACCGUCGCUCGGGAGCACCGUCACCAAGCUCCCGACACAGCUCCCGCUCCGCGUCCCCCUCCUCCCUCGCCGACCGCACCGCCGUGCUCUCGCUCUCCGCAUCGGAGCACCCGUCCUCAUCCACAGCGAAGCAGGCGGGUGCGGCGGCGGACUUCAAGGAGAAGGUGCACUCGGAAGUGUCGAAACGGCGCGCGAGGGAGGUGCGCAGAUACCACUCGAAGAAGGGUGCACAGCGCAUCGGGCGGCCGAAGGGCAGCAAGGCGAAGCAGGACGUGCGGGUCAAGAUGGACGGCGGCGGCUUCUGGGACUGA